AUGUCCAACUCAACAGCGGCCAUCACGACUCCGGCGUCGUCGACGUUCCUUUCAACCACGGCCAACGAGGCCCCGUCCUCGACCCAAGAUGCCGUCCAGUCGUCCGUCUCGUCUGCUGUCGCAUCAUCAGUAUCAUCCGAGGUCUUUUCCUCUGCAACUCAAAUGGGCAGCACAGUGACCGUCGAGCCGUCGUCGACCAACGUUGUCACGUCAAUCGUGUCUGCCUCGUCGCAACCUCCUUCUACUCAGCUCAUUACUUCCGUCGUCACCGAGAGUGCAUCUGGCGGUUCGUCUAAUGCACCUGUCACCGUUGUCGUCACCUCUGUAUACACCCCUUCGACAACCACUGCUGGUCGGGGCUCAUCAGCCUCAUCUUCGGCUUCCGCUUCAUCCUCAGCCGCAGGAAGUUUGCCCAACGGUACAACCAACAAAGGCUCAGACAACAAUGGCGGCUUGAGUACUGGCGGAAAGACCGCCAUUGCUGUCGUCGUUCCCGUCGUAGUCGUCGCUCUCUUGGUUCUCGCUGGUCUCUUCUUCUGGAGAAAGCGCAAGCAAAGAAAGGUUGCCAAGGAGGAGCGUCGCAAGGAAGUCGAAGAAUAUGGCUUCAACCCGAACAAUGACCCCACCCUCCCUGUUGUCGCUGCCGAUGGAUCUGAAAUGGCCGAGGACUCCAACGGUGGUUACCGCGGAUGGGGCAACACCUCCAUGUCGAACCGCAAGGCUUCAACCACUCUUUCCGGCGGCCAUACUGCUGGACAACUGAGCGACACUGGAAGUCAACCUGGCGGUUACGUACCUGGCAGCCCUACCGGAAACAACUUUUCGGACGGCCACAGUGGUGACACACUCAUGAACAAGCGCGAGACUUUCAGCAGCGAUGAUCUUGGUGCACUCGGCGCCGCCCCUGUUGCUGGUGCCCACCGUAACAACAAUGACAUCCGUCGUGGACCUUCCAACGCCUCUUCCUCUUACUCAGCCGGAAAUCACAGUGAGCGUUCCGACGCAUCAGCCGGCAUGGGUCAGUCUGGCCAAGCUUACUCGCCCACCGAGAUGUAUGGCGGCAGCUAUGGCGGCUUUGGGCAGCACGGUCCUUAUGGCGAUGGCUCAUACGGCGGUGGUGACAGUGGUAUGCCAAUCGUACGCGAUGUGAGCGCUAGAAGAAACACACGCAUCGAGGCCGGCGGCAACUACCAAUCAGGAAACAGUGGCAUUGCACAGAACUUCUGA